CAAAUCCCGGCCUCAGAUGUCCGCAGCAGAAACCAUCACGUUUUCCACCUCGGUUCCUUAACUUUUCCAUUGAGUCACUACGAUGGCUCAUGAUGUCUCAAUAAUUACCUCAUCGCGCCCCCCUUAACCGCCGCUACUAGAUUUUCUUCUUAGAAUACCUUAUUAGCUAUGCUGGCUCUCUCGGUACGCGGGCUUAUAGGCUCGCGUGCGUUUAACCGACAGACUAUCCGAACGAUGGCUACCGCGCGCCGUCAAGCUUUCGAAACCAUCCCAUCUUCUCCAAUUCGAGUUAUGCGUACGGUUGAUGCGGUCAGAAGAUGGAGGAAGCCUCAGUACCUCGACCACAGGAUCGUCUCACUCGUACCUACGAUGGGAGCUCUGCACCAAGGUCAUCUUUCUCUUAUCCGCAGCGCAGCUCGCGAGAGCCAUCACGUCGUCGUUAGCAUAUAUGUGAACCCGGCCCAAUUCGGCAUCAAUGAGGACCUAGCUUCUUAUCCUGUGACUUGGGAGUCGGAUUGUAAGAUUCUAGCUGAUUUAGAUCGUGAAUUGGCCGACGAUGGCGGGAAUCUAGGCCGCAUCAGCGCUGUUUUUGCGCCAACUACCCCUGAGAUGUAUCCCUCAGGGUUUCCAGGUCAAGAAGUAAACUCUAAAGGGAGUUUCGUCGUCCUAACACCAAUAAGUGAGAUUCUUGAGGGUCGUACCAGGCCAACCUUUUUCAGGGGCGUCGCCACCGUCUGCAUGAAACUUUUUAACAUCGUACAACCUGAAAAGGUAUACUUUGGCCAAAAGGAUAUCCAGCAGACAGUAAUAAUCCGAAAGAUGGUCAAGGACUUUAUGCUGCCGACCGAGGUUGUUAUUGGUCCUACCAUCCGGGAGUCCGACGGACUUGCUCUAAGCUCCAGAAAUGUUUACCUCGGCGAGAGGCGACGCAAAGUCGCCCCCGUGCUGAAUCGCGCGCUUAAGGCUGCUGAGGCACAGUACCUGAACGGGGCUCUGGAUAGAAAGCAGAUCAUGAAUGCUGCCAAUACUUUAAUUACGAAUGUUUUAAACGAACAGUCGGCAUUACCUCCCGAGAAGAGGGUAAUGUUUGAAGUGGACUACAUCUCACUUGCAGAUCCUUCCUCCAUGGAGGAGUUGACUGAAAUCGACCCAGAGCAGGGUGGUAUACUGAGUGGUGCAAUAAAGAUGUUACCGGUCGAAUCACCGCAACCAGGCGAAGAUCUGGGACAUAGCGGAGGACCAGCAGUCCGUCUCAUAGACAACAUUAUUUUGAAGCCGUCUACGGAAACUUAGAGUAAUUUUUCAAUAUACCCAGUCAGUCUAAGUCCGUUAAUGACCAAACGACCAGCGUUUGAAAGACGCGUAAACCGGAAUUAUUCGCUUCGCUCUCUAUCAACUACAGUUUUUUUCCCCCUCUAAGACUUACUUCAACUCGUUAUUACUGAUAUAUUUGCUCGUAUCUCUUUUAACCAGCCCUUAAUAUUAUUGGUCUAUUCCUGCAUAAUUAUGAGACAUUAUAAUUUGGAUCCAAGGCUAAGCAUGUCAAAAGAAAAGAUGACAUUGGCUACGUUGAUAUUGUCGGACUUUUAAAUUCUUGAACCAGUAUAUUUUCUGCUAUGCCAUUGCAGCAGAACACGAGCUAAAAGUUACAUGUGCCUGACUGGGAUUCCGC